UCCUCUUAAACAAAAUAAGAUUCCAACCGCGGGAAAAUUGAAAGGAUUUCCCCGCAGAAGCUCAAAACGGGCGUCUGGAGCUUCAAUGGAAGGAGGAUUUUGUGUGGGAUUGGGAUUUCCUUCAUACAAGAACACCUCAUUCUGCACGCUUCCGAAUUGGCCCGUCUCACGACACCAAUUCUGCAAGAAAGAUCUUCAAUUGACGUUAAAUUUGAAGCAGCGAUUCAAACCUGUUCCUGCAAGAAGUUCUGUCUCGCAGACAACUAGCAACAGGAACGCUACCGGUAAUCCAAAUGGGCGACGGAAGAAGAAAUUUUUUCCGUCAAUUAGCGAAGAAAAAGCCCAACCAGCGCCUUCGGAUGUGAGAUUAGAAUAUAAAGAAAACGGAGACCCGCUGGGGCGCAGAGAGUUGGGUAAAUAUGUGGUAAAAUGGAUCACUCAGGGUAUGUCGGCAAUGGCGGCCGAUUUAUGCGCUGCCGAAGAGCUUGGUGAAGUUGCAGAGUUGGCGCAGAAGAUGUCCCACGGCAUUGCUUUUGUCAUGCAAGCUCAGCGUUUCUUGGCUACCAAUCCCAUGCCUAAAGGUCUGGAGGCCCUUUGCUUGAAAGCCAGUACACAUUAUCCCACGCUAUUUGAUCAUUUCCAACGGGAGCUGAGAGACGGGCUCCAAGCUUUGGAGAAGAAAUCUGUCGUUCAAAAUUGGAGGGAGACUGAAUCUUGGAAGUUGUUUAAGCAGCUCACUAAAUCAGGUCAACAUCGAGCUCUUGCAAGGAGAUCGUUCCAGCCAAUUCAAGUGCAUAGUCACAUAGGUAUACCUGCAGAAAAGAUAUCAGAGAUUCAGAACCGGAUUGAUGAUUUUGUGGCACACAUGUCACAACUUCUGCUAAUUGAACGUGAUGCAGAAUUAGAAGCUACCCAAGAAGAGCUGAAUGCAGCUCCUACCCCGGAUAUGACCUCUGGUUCUGCAAGAUCAAUAGAGUAUUUGGUCAAUCAUGGACAAUCUCAGCAAGAACAGUGUGAUACAAUUUGCAAUCUGAGUGCAGUCAGCUCUUCAACAGGAUUGGGAGGGAUGCACUUGCUGACAUUCAGGGUGGAAGGUGGGCAUCGAUUACCACCGACUACUAUCUCUCCUGGUGAUAUGGUUUGUGUUCGGAUAUCAGACAGCAAGGGUGUGGGUACCACAUCAUGUGUCCAAGGUUUUGUGGAUUCUCUUGGUGAAGAUGGGAGUAGCAUUACUGUGGCAUUAGAAUCUCGCUAUGGAGAUCCCACCUUUUCGAAGCUCUUUCGCAAGUCAUUGCGAAUUGAUAGAAUUCAAGGCUUGGCAGAUGCAAUCACUUUUGAGCGUGACUGUGAAGCUCUAAUGCUUCUUCAGAAGCAAGGUCUGAACAAAAAGAAUCCUGCUGCAGCUGUAGUAGCUACCCUUUUCGGAACAGGUGAAGAUGUGAAUUGGCAUGGCGGAAAUGAUUUUCCUAUUAAUGCAGAAGAUGAUUUGGGUGAAAUACAGCUAAAAGAUUUCUUUGAUGAGUCGCAAAAAAGGGCCAUUACUUUAGGAUUAAAUAGACAUCGAGCAGUAUCAGUCAUCCAAGGUCCACCAGGUACAGGAAAGACCAGUGUGCUUGCUGAAAUCAUAGGUAUAGCUGUCAAACGAGGUGAAAGAAUACUGGUUACAGCACCUUCAAAUGCUGCUGUAGAUAACAUGGUGGAAAGACUUGCUGACAUGGGCUUAAAUGUUGUGCGAGUUGGAAAUCCUGUACGAAUGUCUUCUUCUGUUGCUUCAAAGUCUCUAGGAAGUAUUGUUGAGAAUAGGCUUGCAGACUUUCGAGGGGAGCUUGCUAGGAAAAGAGCUGAUUUAAGGACCGACUUAAGGCAUUGUUUGAAAGAUGAUUCAUUGGCUGCAGGAAUUCGGCAGCUGCUCAAGCAACUUGGGAAGUCACUUAAACAAAGAGAAAAGGAGGUAGUAAAAGAAAUACUAUCAAGUGCUGAAGUUGUUCUCUGUACUAAUACAGGUGCAGCAGACCCUUUCAUUCGGAAACUGUCCAGUUUUGAUCUAGUUGUCAUUGAUGAGGCAGGACAGGCAAUUGAACCCUCCUCCUGGAUACCAAUACUGCAAGGUAAAAGAACAAUUCUUGCAGGUGACACUUGCCAGUUAGCUCCUGUGGUUCUGUCUAGGAAAGCGAUGGAAGGAGGACUAGGGGUGUCUUUGUUGGAACGAGCAUCAAAACUACAUGAAGGUGCCUUGACUCAUAUGCUAUCAGUCCAAUACAGGAUGAAUGAUGCAAUUGCUAGCUGGGCUUCAAAAGAAAUGUAUGGAGGCUUAUUGCAGUCAUCAACUUCCGUAGCAUCUCAUCUUCUUGUGGACUCUCCAUUUGUUAAGGCUACAUGGAUAACUCGGUGCCCUCUGCUUUUGUUGGAUACACGUAUGCUUUAUGGCAGUCUAUCACUUGGCUGUGAGGAGCAUCUGGAUCCUGAAGGCACUGGUUCAUUUUACAAUGAAGGGGAAGCAGAUAUUGUUGUGCAGCACGUGAGAUCUCUCAUUUUAUCUGGAGUGCUACCUACAGAAAUUGCUGUGCAGUCACCUUAUGUAGCUCAAGUCCAGCUCUUGCGAGAUCGUCUUGAUGAAUUACCAGAAGCUGUAGGUAUUCAGGUUGCAAGUGUGGAUAGUUUUCAAGGUCGUGAAGCUGAUGCUGUCAUCAUUACAAUGGUUCGGUCAAAUACCCUGGGAGCUGUUGGGUUUUUAGGUGACAGUAGACGCAUCAAUGUUGCAAUAACAAGGGCACGGAAACACGUAGCUAUUGUAUGUGACAGUUCAACUAUUUGUCACAAUACCUUUUUGGCUAGAUUAUUGAGACAUAUCAGGCAUUUCGGUCAAGUUCGACAUGCAAAACAUGAAGAAAAUGGUUCAGGAUUGGACGUUACCCCUCUUUUACCAUCAAUAACCUAAGCAAGGAUAUGGAGUUGGUUUCAGUUGAAGAUUGUAUAAAAUUACCUCAAAGCAGAUUUUCUUUGAAAAAUACCAUUCCAAGCAGUCUUGUGCUAUUAUAAGCAUAUUCUUCUCCACUUCAUUAGGAUGGAAGCACAUCCUUGCGCCAUUUUAAACAUAUUCUUUUCCACUCCAUUAGGAUGGAAGCGAAUCCUGAUUUUUAUACAAGUAAAAGAAGUCUCAGGAAUACAAAAGCAAAAGAAAGACUCAUCUUGAGCAAAACAUCUCCCAAGCGUGAGUGGCAUCAAGUUUUUGAGCCACCGUAGCGACUUGUAAAAUGUAUGAUUGAUUGUACAAUAUUAGAAGAAAGUUACAGUCUCAGUGUUCGGAACAUUUUUCAUUAUUUUCCAAAACUAAAGUUACAGUGUUCGACAUGCUUUCAAUGAUAUAUGAUUGUAAACAAUUUUUCCUUUUUGGCAAAUGAAGUUGCAUCUAUAGUUUUGUGCUA